AAGAAAAUGCAUCGAAAAUAACUUUAACGAAAUUAUUGGGGGAGAAGGAAUGUAAUCUAAGAAAUUGGCUAACAGUUUUUGAUAUUUCAUAUUUGCCCAAAAGUUUUAUUCAAGGCCAAGACUCCGUGUAAAAAAGGUUUGGAUUUGGGAGCUACUUUUUUCAUCUCUGUGAGUUUCCCCGUUUCACCGUUCACGUUUAGACCACCACCACCGUCACCAUCCCGCCACCGCGUCUGCGACGGUCACCGACUUGGCAGACCAAGCUCAAUUUGGAAUAUUCACUUCGUAAAUCAAAUCCUUACCUCCUCCGUGAUCGCGAAACAAGCAUGAUUCACUUUGUUCUUCUGAUAAGCCGGCAAGGAAAAGUGAGAUUGACCAAAUGGUAUUCACCCUACUCUCAGAAGGAAAGAACUAAGGUAAUCCGAGAACUUAGUGGUUCGAUUCUCACUCGUGGCCCCAAGCUUUGCAACUUUGUAGAGUGGAGAGGUUAUAAAGUUGUAUACAAAAGAUAUGCCAGCCUGUAUUUCUGCAUGUGCAUCGAUCAGGAUGACAAUGAGUUGGAGAUUCUUGAAAUUAUUCAUCAUUUCGUUGAGAUUCUAGAUCGCUAUUUUGGAAGUGUUUGUGAGCUGGAUUUGAUCUUCAAUUUCCACAAGGCUUAUUACAUAUUGGAUGAAUUAUUAAUUGCUGGUGAACUCCAAGAAUCUAGCAAGAAAACUGUUGCACGCCUAAUAGCUGCCCAGGAUUCUUUGGUGGAGGCUGCAAAAGAGCAGGCAAGUUCUAUCAGUAAUAUGAUUGCUCAGGCGACCAAGUAAGCAUUGCCUCCAUUGCGAGUUAUUUGGGCUGCCUAUAAGUAAGGUUGCUGAAGAAGAUGGAUGUUGUCCUUACUCCUUACUAUAUGUACGAGUGAUCAAAUGCAGUUCUGGUCCAGCUCAAUUGUAUGGAUCUUUUGUUGUAACUAGGUAGUGGGAUCAGCUAUGUCUGCUUAUUCCUUUUUUUUUUUUUUUUUUAAUAAUUUUUAAUUUUUAAAUGCAAUAUGUUUUGGAUAAGAAUUGCAUAAAAGUACAAGAAUGAGCGAACAAUUUACAUGAAACCCAUGAUACACCUCUUUUAGAUUGUUGUCUUUUGGACCAAUCUCGUGGUUUACUAUCUUCCACUUCUACUAUUCCAUCCUCUCUCUGAU